AUGGGGCCAAUCAGGACACGCACCCUGGAGGUCAGCAUCAUAUCCGGUGAGAACCUCUGCACUGAUGAGCGGAAUCCGGUGACGGCGAAUAUGUGCGUCGUGGUUCGUGCAGAGUCCGUUAAGUGUUGGAGCACGAAAAUGGCGACGCAAGAAGCGGGGAGCGUGAGCACUUUAUGGAACGAGAAUUUGACGGUGGAAAUGCCAUGGCAUGCAGAGUCUAUGACGUUGGAAGUUCAGAGUGAGACGUCAAAAGGUGUAGUUAGAUCCGUUGGGCUGGCAAGAAUAGCGAUUGCGGAUGUGAUGCCAAAGGAACAGAAAUGUUCGGGGAUGCUGAGUUACAGGCUGAGGAAUUGGGAUGGAAGGAGAAGUGGGGUAAUCAAUUUCUCAGUCAAGCUGAAGAAUGAAGAAGAAGAAGAAAAGCUGGGAAUAAUGGCGGGUUCUUGUGGUGCAUUUGGGAGUGGGAUGGAUCAUCAUCAGGAGUUGAAAUUAAGGAGAAACAGUGCAAUCGUUACCGGAAUUCCUGUUUCCUGGAUCCACCAGGGCAUUCCCGUUUGA